AUGUCUGUCGGUGAAUACUUUACGAAACUCAAUACGAGUCUUCCUUCUACGUCCGCGACUACUCGUAUUCCUGCCUUCUUCAUAGCACAUGGCUCUCCAAUGCUCAUUUGGCCAAAACAAAUACCCGCUGCUUCAAGCUCUCUUAUGAGAUCGCUAAUGAAGACUUCAGGUCCUGAUGGUCCGCUUGCCAAUUUCCUCAAAGCUCUUGGUCCUUUUCUUCUGCAACGUUACAGACCAAAAGCGGUCCUCGUUUUUUCUGCUCACUGGGAAACCGAAAGACAUAUCGAAGUCAUGGCUAAUGAUGACAAAAAUGAACUCUUAUAUGACUAUUACAAUUUCCCUGAUGAACUCUACAAGGUCACUUGGGAAUCUUACGGAUCAUCAUCGCUCGCUAAACAUGUUAAAGAUCUUCUAGAAAAGGCCAAAAUACCUGUUAAAUUGAUCAAAAAUAGUGAACGUGGUUUCGAUCAUGGUGUCUUCGUUCCGUUCAUACACAUGUUUCCUGAACAACCGUUUCCUCUACCUGUUAUCGAAGUUUCUAUCGAUUCAAGUCUCGAUCCAGAACGAGAAAUUAAUUUAGGAAAAGCAAUUGAAUCUCUUCGAGAUGAAGGUAUACUUAUUCUCUCUGGUGGUCUCUCAAUUCAUAAUUUGAACGAUCUUGGACAAUCGUUGCCUGAUGUGGCCAGUCCAAAUGUGAGAGAUUUUGAAAAGACAAUGAUCAUGGCAGCAGAGUUACCAGAAAAUCGCCGGCUCGAUGAGUUGAAGAAAUUGGUGCGACAUGCAGGAUUUCGAUCAGCUCAUCCUCGCGAAGAGCACUUCGUUCCAAUGUAUGUUGCAGCAGGAGCGGGCAGUCAAGGCGAGGCCAAAGUAUUGUGUGAUCUCCAUGGCGCAGUGACCAUUGCAUUCGGAUUGUAA